AUGCCCACCUUCUCAUCCCAGGAACCCGUGGUCGAGCUCACAUAUGGGCAGCUCACCUCGGAGGCGCUCGAGGCCGCCAUUGUCGACCCUGCCGGAGUGACAUCGCUGGACUUGUCCGGCAGCAAUAUGUCGCCCGAGUACUGCAUGGAGGUGGUGCGACGAUACAUUUCACGAAUGGCCAAUCUGGAGUCGCUGGAUCUUAAAGACAACAAGAUCGGUCCCAAGGGUGCGGUGUGCCUCUUCGACGCACUGCGGGAGCACUGCCCGCACCUCACCUACCUCGACGUGAACGAGAACGCCAUCCAAGACGAGGCGCUCUACUCCCUCGCGCUGUUGCUGCAGUCUGUCAAGCUACGGACGCUGAGCGUUGUGACCAACCACAUCACCCCACGUGGGCUGCCUACGCUAUGUGACGGCGCGGUGGUCUGCCGUACUCUCACGGAGCUCUCACUAGCUUUCAACUUGCUGGGUGACGAGGGCGCUCGAAUAGUCGCGGAGAUGCUCGGCAGCCACCCCAACCUCACCAGCCUCGACCUCAGUGACAACCACAUCGGCGAUCUUGGCGCAGUGGCCAUCGCCGAGGCUUUUAUUCUCUCCAGCUCCUCACGUAUUGAGUCGCUUAACCUUUCUGUUAAUCACGUAGGAGAUGUCGGCUUUCAGGCUAUUGCGGAGGCCCUUACGAAGACGAACAACCGGCAUUUCACUGCGCUUGACUUGGCGUGCAAUGACGCUGUGACCGAUGUCGGCCGGGACGCGCUGGUGCGGGCGGUACCAAACAUGCGGCAUGUGUACUCCCUCGACCUGACCUCGUGCGACUUGUCGGAUGACAAUGUCAAGGCACUCACGGAGGCCAUCCGCAGCAGCCGCACCAGUGUGGGUUCGGUGGAGUGGUACAACAACCCACGCAUCCAGCUGGUGACGGAGAAGGCGUUGUACGAUGCUAUCGAGGCGAAAGCAGCUGCGGCAAAUGCGCGCUGUUCCCUCAACGGUGACAGCUCCGUCACCUUGUACGCCUGUGUAGCGCUCACAGCGGCUAUGGUGGUUGCCUCGUUCAUCAUGCGGCGCCGGCAGAACUCGUAG